UUUGGAGGAAAUCAUGUUUAUUGGAUCGACGAUAUUGGCAGUGAUGGCAGGGCUGAUCGACAUGUCGUUGGCAGGUCACGCGCAUAGCUUUGCCCACUUUCACGGCCCGGUCGAAGGUCCCGGCCACGAGGUGACCAUCCACGAUAAGCACGGACAUCAUCAUACCGUCGACUACGUUGCUCAUCCCAAGUACGAGUUCGCCUAUGGCGUCGAAGAUCACCACACUGGCGAUUUUCACGGGCAAAAAGAACACCGCGAUGGCAAGCAUGUGACCGGCGAGUACACGAUCAAGGAGCCGGGCGGUAACUUGAGAACAGUCAAGUAUCAUGCAGAUCCCCACGGAGGCUUCUUUGCUCAUGUGCACAACAGCAAUGGUAACGACCACUCGGGUGGCACUUACGGGGGACACGGAUACGAGCAUCAUGGACACCACUACUGAAGAACUUCAACUCUGAUAGAU